UUAUAAAAAAAAAUGUGAUAGGCAACCAAAUAUACAUCCACAACACAAAAGACAAAGUCAAUAACUUGCUGGGGCUAAUCUUCAUCUAAAUACAGUUUAUUAUCCUAUUUAAAUUAUAAAUUUACAACUAAUUUUACUCAUCUAACUCCAAGCUGAAUCAGGAAAGAAGAACUAUAAGAAUUAUUCAAAAUAUGAGUGGAACUGCUUGUUCAAGUUCCACUUCAGCCUCUUUUGAUGGAUUAACCUUAGAAUUUGGACCAUUAGAAACGGUUCACAGGUGGAAAAGACUUCCAGAUUGUGCAGAAUUUGUGGGAGCAAGACGUAGCAAACACACUGCAGUAGCUCAUAAUGAGGCAAUUUAUGUUUUUGGAGGUGAUAAUGGAAAAAGUAUGUUAAAUGAUAUGGUAAGGUAUGACAUAAAAGAGAAAUCAUGGGGUAGGGCUAUUGUUAAUGGAACCCCACCAGCCCCAAGAUAUCAUCAUUCUGCUGUUGUUCAUAACACAUCAAUGUACCUUUUUGGGGGCUACACUGGGGAUAUACAUUCUAAUUCAAAUUUAACUAAUAAAAACGAUCUAUUUGAAUACAAACUUGUUACUGGGCAUUGGGUUGAAUGGAAAUUUACAGGGAGAACACCAGUUCCUAGAUCAGCACAUGGAGCUGCUGUUUUUGAAAAUAAAUUAUGGAUUUUUGCUGGAUAUGAUGGUAAUGCUAGAUUAAAUGAUAUGUGGACUAUUUCUUUAGUGGGUGAUAAUAGGGUUUGGGAAGAAAUAGAACAAAAAGGUGAACGCCCUCCAACUUGUUGCAAUUUUCCAGUAGCUGUAGCAAGAGAUUGUAUGUUUGUAUUUAGUGGGCAAAGUGGCGCAAAAAUUACAAAUUCACUCUUUCAAUUUCACUUUAAAACAAAAACUUGGACUCGAAUUUCAACUGAACAUAUUUUGAGGGGAGCACCACCACCUCCAGCUCGUCGAUAUGGUCACACAAUGGUAGCGUUUGAUAGGCAUUUAUAUGUUUUUGGUGGUGCUGCUGAUAGUACUCUUUCAAAUGAUUUGCAUUGUUUUGAUUUGGACACACAAACUUGGUCGAUAGUUCUUCCUUCGCUGGAAUCAAUCGUUCCAUCCGGUAGAUUAUUUCAUGCCGCUGCCGUAGUAGGAAACGCAAUGUAUAUUUUUGGAGGAACUAUCGAUAACAACGUAAGAAGUUGCGAAAUGUAUAGAUUCCAAUUCUCAAGUUAUCCCAAAUGUACUCUACACGAUGAUUUUGGAAAAAUACUCGAAUCGAGAUUAUUUAGUGACGUACAAUUUGUUGUUGGAACUGAUGAAGUUAAGAUAUUAGCUCAUUUACCAAUGGUAGCGGCUAGAUCUCAAUAUUUAAGAAAUAAAGUAAGAAAAGCUAAAGAAAAUCACGGUAAAUAUAAUAAAGAUGAAGUUUUACCCACGGUUAUUGUACCCUUAUUGGAUGCAAAUCCAGAAGCUUUCGAAAUGGUUUUAGAUUAUAUUUAUAUGGAUUGUAUAGAUCCUAUUAAAAAAGCUAAACCAGGCGAAGAUCCUUUUAGUAACAGAAUCGUUUUAUUGAUGAUGGAUGUUUAUCGUUUGGCGGUUAAAUUCAAAAUGACCCGUUUAGAAUUUCUUUGCGUUCAAUAUUUAAACGCUACAAUCUGUUUAAAAAAUGUUUUAGUAGCUCUACAUAACGCUGAUAGUCUAAAUUUAGAUUUUAUUAAAGAAUAUUGUUUAAGAUUUAUCGUUAAAGACUCGAAUUAUAAUCAAAUCGUUAUGAGCGAUGAAUUUGAAACUUUAGAUAGAAAAUUAAUGGUAGAAAUUGUGCGACGUAAACAAUUACCACAAGCAAAAAAUUGCAACGAGCCACAUUUUGACACCACUGGGUCAUCUUUAGAGCAAGAUAUGGCGAUGUUUUUGAGAUCAACAGGAAAAGAAUUUUGCGAUAUUAAUUUAGUUUUGGAUAAUCACGUCAUUCCAGCUCAUAAAUGUAUCUUAGCAGCACGUUGUGGAUAUUUUGAAGCUAUGUUUAGAUCGUUUAUGCCAGCAGAUAACACCGUUAAAAUUCAAAUUGGAGAAAUGACCCCUUCUGUGGAAUCUUUUAAUUCAUUGCUUCGUUUUAUUUAUUAUAGCGACGUAAACAUGCCACCAGAAGACUCACUUUAUCUUUUCUCAGCACCGUUAUUCUAUAAUUUCACCAAUAAUCGACUUCAAGCUUUCUGCAAACAAAAUUUGGAGAUGAACGUAAACGUUGAUAAUAUGAUACAACUUUUUGAAGCUGCCCAUAAAAUGCAAACGACCGAUAUUAAAUCAUACGCGAAGAGUUUAAUUGUUCUAAAUAUAACGAAAAUCGCAAAAUUAGAACAAUUAAAAUCGUUAAGUCGGGAAUUAUUGUUGGAAAUUUUAUUGGCUGUUGCUAAUGAUUUGGAACAACCCAAGAUCUGCCAGGACCUUUCAUCGAUAAGCCUGAACAGCGAGUCUUGAAUCUCGGACCAUCGUGGAAAUGAAGUUCUGGCAGAUGCCUAUAAAAUACUCGUUAUUUCUUCUAAUAAAAUUUUCGUCAAUACUAUUAUUAGGAGCACUAUGUAGAAAUAGUUGGAUAAAUGAUGUAAAUAGGUGGCAAUAUCUGUGAUGAUUUUUUAAAAUCUUUAUCUCUUGAAAUGUUGAGAUUACUUCCAAGAAAUAUGAUGAUGUACUCUUAAUGUUAUAAUAUUUAAUGUUGGUGUUUUAAGAUAUAAAUAUAUUUAAUAAAACAAUUUCUAAAAUUCAAAUUUUUUUUGUAACCUUCGCAAAAAAUAGUUGCGUA